AUGGCGUUUAAUGUGACUUUCCGAAAUUUCCUUGUCCGCAGCAGUCCAACAGUUUUGGCUCGAGCGCGAUAUGCAUCUGGGGAUAGUUUUGUACAAAAUUUGCUGCGCAAAAUUAAGGAAGAAUCUGCGAAGGACAAACAAAUGAAGAAAAAAAUCGAAAGUGAAAUUCCGGCAGAUACGGUGGAUAAACUCAAAAGCCAAAUCAGCUCCGUUGCAGAGAAAAUCAAACAAGAGGGCGCAAAUAUAGCUAAGCAUGAGUACGUUAAGAAGGGUGUGGAAGGUCUUUCUAAAGCUGGUGAGCAGCUCAAAGAUGCCUCACGCUCUAUCGGUGAUACGGAGUUCGUGAAAUCGGCGCGCGAGAGUAUAUCCGCUUUAGAAAAGGAACUGCAGUCGGACAGAGCGCUCGUGUACAGGGCACCUGAUAAACCAAGGACACGAAAGGAGCUUUCAGGAAAUCUCAGUGAGAGGAUCGUCGAAGCCGAUACGCAAGUCCUCUUUGCAUUUUUCCAUGAACACUGGCGUACUCUUUUCAAUAGACUAGAGGAUAGUUCGCCCUCCCAAUCAGCAAAUAUAAUUCGUUUUUAUACUUGUAGAGAAUCUUCGGGUGUAGUUUUACACAAAGAUUCCAAGUGGCUUUCUGCGUGGGACGACUUUAAAGACAAUAAUCAGUACGUUCAGAAGUUCUUUGAUCUGAAAACGCGCUACGAAGAAAGCGACCAUCUUCUAGUUCGCUCAGUCCGCUUCGUAACUGACAAAAUUUCUGACCUCUUUGGCGGCAAGAGCGGUUCCAAUGAGCUUCAGACAGUCCUUGAUGAAAUAGCUAAAAUUGACAGUAAUUUUACCCUGGAAAAGUUUGUUCGAUAUUGUCGAAUGGAAGUGAUCCCAAACGUACUUGAGUCGAUCGUCCACGGGAAUCUCGAAGUGCUUAAGGAUUGGUGCCAUGAAGCGCCCUUCAACGUGCUGUCGGCACCAAUAAAGCAGACCCUGGAGAUGGGCUACAAGCUGGACUCUCGAGUUCUUGAUGUCAACAACAUUGACGUUCAUAUGGGUAAGAUGAUGGACCAGGGUCCGGUGCUAAUCAUCACCUUCCAGGCGCAGCAGAUUUCCUGCAUUCGCGAUUCCCUGGGUCAGGUAAAAGAGGGUGACCCAGAGAAGGUGCUUCGCGUGACCCACGUAUGGGCGUUGUGUCGAGACCAAAACGAAAUGAAUCCCUGGACAGCCUGGCGCGUUCUUGACAUUGCUAUGAUGCCUACAGAGCAGUGGCUCUAA